AUGCCGAGGCGGCCAGGCCUGGCCGCCCCCGUGACGCGGGGCCCCUGGCACUGCCGGGCGGCCGCCACGCCACGGCCCAAAAAUAGCCCCGCGGGGAUGAGGGCAGGGAUGGCCCUGGGGACGCGGGGCCCUGGGGGGCACCCGGGCUGCGGGGGCGCGGGCGGCCGUGCGGGCUGGCGGUGGCCCCGGGGUCAUGCCCGGGUCCCCCGUUAUCCAGUACCUCCUCGUCAGCCCCCACCCUCGCACAAGGCACAGGAGCAGUUCCUGCAGGAAAGGAUCAAGGUGAACGGCAAAGCGGGAAACCUGGGCGGGGGCGUGGUGACCAUCGAGAGGAGCAAGAGCAAGAUCACGGUCACAUCGGAGGUCCCGUUCUCGAAGAGGUACCUGAAGUACCUGACCAAGAAGUACCUGAAGAAGAACAACCUGCGCGACUGGCUGCGCGUGGUGGCCAACAGCAAGGAGAGCUACGAGCUGCGCUACUUCCAGAUCAACCAGGACGAGGAGGAGGAGGAGGAGGAGGAUUGAGCCGGCCCCCCGCCCGGCCGCCAUU